GGGCGUGCAACAGUUGUGAUCAAACUACCAAGUGAAUUUCAAACUGCAAACGUUUGGUGAUAAUAAUAACAUUUAAUUACUGAUUAUAUAAAAUAUAUAUAAUUACCACCCAAGGAUCGCAAGAUAUAAAAAGUACCUUUCUUUAGUCGGGUGCUAGCGACCAAAACUUGAGAAUGAAAAUAUUUCUUCUACUGCUGGCACUAGUUGUCACUAGUGCGCAUGCUGAUGUUUCACAUUUGAGUGGUGACUUGCAGGAGGAUGGUUAUCAUUACCAACAGCCUUCGGUGCCAUUUCCAGGAGCUCCUUCGGGCAAUGCCAUAGAUGAUGUGGAAUACCAACCAAGGCCACAACCACAGCCACAGCCAUCAUACCCAGCUCCUCGUCCACAGCCACAACCUCAACCACAGCCAUCAUAUCCAGCACCACGCCCACAACCGCAACCACAACCACAGCCAUCGUACCCAGCUCCUCGGCCACAGCCGCAACCACAACCACAGCCAUCUUAUCCAGCACCACGUCCACAGCCUCAGCCAAGACCUCAACCAUCAUAUCCAGCUCCCUCACAGCCUACCCAGCCGGCCCCUCGCCCACAACCCCAGCCAGGUCGUCCGGCACCAGCCCCCCAACCAGGUCCAGAAUAUUUGCCUCCAGAGCAACCACAACAACCAAGACCACGGCCUCAACCUCAACCUCAACCACGCCCUCAACCUCAACCUCAGCCCUCGUAUCCAGCUCCAAGGCCUCAACCUCAACCACAACCACAGCCAUCAUAUCCUGCUCCACGUCCUCAGCCACAACCACGUCCCCAACCACAACCUCAGCCUCAGCCUUCUUACCCAGCUCCUCAACCACAGCCUCAACCACGACCACAACCUCAACCACGACCGCAACCUCAGCCAGCUCCUGGUCCUGAGUAUAUACCACCAGCUGGACCAACUCCUGGCCCAACUUAUCAACCCCGACCACAACCCCCCACUCCGGGGCCAACUUACCAACCACGUCCACAAUUACCUACUCCUGGUCCAACAUAUCAACCGCGUCCACAGCCGCAGCCAAAACCAUCACAGCCUGCCAAGCCUGGUCCAGAAUAUUUGCCACCUCCUGGCGAAAAUGAAGUAGGCCCGAGCCAGCCAGCUCCUCGUCCACGCCCUCAGCCACAACCUCGCCCCCAACCAACACAACCAGCUCCUCGACCAAGCUAUCCAGCACCUCAACCUUCAUAUCCUGCUCCUCAGCCUAGUUAUCCCGCACCACAGCCAAAACAACCAGAACCAACGUACCCAGAAGGUCCAGGUGGUCCAGGUGGUCCAAGCGGCCCAGGCGGUCCAGGAGGUCCACAAGGUCCUGGUGGUCCAGGCGGUUCAUAUGGCCCAGGCGGACAAGGAGGUCCCAGCGGUCCAGGUGGUCCCAGUGGUCCAGGAGGUCCACAAGGUCCUGGUGGUCCAGGCGGUUCAUAUGGCCCAGGCGGACCAGGAGGUCCCAGCGGUCCAGGUGGUCCCAGCGGUCCAGGAGGUCCCGGUGGUCCUAGUGGUCCAGGAGGCCCAGGUGGACCAGGCGGUUCAUAUGGUCCAGGUGGUCCAGGCGGUCCCGGCAGCUCUGGUGGCCCAACAGGACCUAGUGGUCCCGAAGCAGGAUCUCUCGGACCUGAUGGUUAUAACUACAACAAACCAUCUAGAGCCUUCUCAUAUUAAAUUAUUGAACUUAACACAUGAAACUCGCCCAUUUAGUAUUAUAAACAACUACGAAAUUUUUAUGAAGAAUUUAAUAAUAAAAAAAUGAAAAUAAUGUAUGAGCAACAUGUCUUCCAUAAUGUCUAAACAGAGACAAACGAUCAUUUUCCACUACGCGAAUGCCAGUUGACACUUACAUAAAAUAUAAAUUAUAUGACUAUUUAAAAAUAAAUUUUAUGAUUAAAAACAAAAA